CGGGGCUCCCACCAAAGCGAAGCCUCGCAACUGCUUACCAACGCAACCAACUCCAGCCUCUAUAGUCCGCUGCGCUGAGCUCUUGGACCUCAUCGCAUCCAUCGCCUUCCGUUCCAUAGCCGAAUCCCUGUCUCCAGAGCCCAGGCUGCGCGGCGACAGAUGAAGAGCCGGAGGCAGAGCAGCGGGGGCAGCUCGGCCGGCGCGACGGCCGCGGGGGAGGGGAACACGCACAGCAGCGGCGGGUGUAAGCUGGAGAGGAAGGACGUGGAGAAGAACCGGCGGCUGCACAUGAAGGGCCUCUGCCUCAAGCUCUCCUCCCUCAUACCGCCCGCCGCCAGGCACGCGUCCCUGCUCUCGGAGGCGGCGGCGUCCGCGUCCAACCCCAACAAGGACGCGGCGACGCAGCUGGAUCAGCUGGACAGCGCGGCGGCGUACAUCAAGCAGCUCAAGGAGCGGAUCGAGUCGCUCAAGCGGAGGAAGGAAGGCGGCGGCAAGGUGGGCGCCGCCGCCGCGGGUUCCGGCGCCGCGGCCGCCGUGCGCAUGCCGGUGGUCGAGGUGCGGUGCCAGGACGGGGCGACGCUGGACGUGGUGCUCAUCAGCGCGGCCGGGCGGCCGUUCAAGCUGCACGAGGUGAUCACGGCGCUGGAGGAGGAGGGCGCCGAGGUCGUCAGCGCCAGCUUCUCCGUCGUGGGGGACAAGAUCUUCUACACCAUCCACUCGCAGGCGCUCAGCCCCCGGAUCGGGCUCGACGCCACCAGGGUCUCCGAGAGGCUGCACGACCUGAUGCUCCUCGUCUGACGGGCGAACCACCUGAACGAAGAUCACCGGCGACGGUGCUGCCGAGGGAGAUCUGCUAUAUUGUUAGCGUAGCUAGCUAGUCGAGGUCAGGACGCACACGGAGCGCGGUAGCAGGGGACGGACCGUAAGCCGGCCGCUGAUCCAUAUGGAAGGGAAGCUGGUUUCGCAGUUGUGCAUAUGUAGGAGCAAAGCAAGCAGACUGCUUUUUGUUUUUUUUUCCCCAGCUCUUAGAACGAAACGGCCGGUGCUCUUCUGUUCUACGUGCUGUUUCAGCUUCCUGUACUACUGAUACGCACUCCACGGAAUCGGAUGCACACUUGUGUACCUGCGUGUGGCAGCAGCACUUUCUAGAAUCUAAUGUAACACAAGUUCAAGCUCA